AUGCCACCACAAAUCAAACAAGAUCUUAAUCGCUCCGGUUGGGAAACCACCGACUUCCCCUCCGUCUGCGAAAACUGUCUCCCAGAUAAUCCCUUCGUCCAAAUGAUCAAGCAAGACCACGGCGAAGAAUGCAAAAUUUGCACGCGACCAUUUACCGUCUUUCAAUGGAAAGCCGACCGCACAGCUCGCAGCAAACGCACCAAUAUCUGUCUCACAUGCGCUCGCUUGAAGAAUUGCUGUCAGUGCUGUAUGUUGGAUUUGAGUUUCGGAUUACCGAUUGUGGUUCGAGAUGCGGCGUUGAAGAUGAUUGCGCCGGGACCACAAAGUGAGGUCAACAGGGAAUAUUAUGCACAGAAUCAUGAGAAGGAUAUUGAGGAUGGGAAAGGGGUGGAGGAGUAUGAGAAGACAGACGAGAAGGCUAGGGAACUUUUGAGGAGGUUGGCAAAUAGUCAGCCUUAUUUCAGAAAGGGUAGAAAGAUGAUUACGGAUGGGGAAGGUAGCGGUAGCGGUGCUGCGGGUGGGGGUGAAAGUGAGAAGGGAAUGGCAUUGGCGACCAAAGGACCAGGGCCGAUACGAACACGAGAUGGACAGCCAAGCAGGGGUGCUGGUCGGGGUGGUAGAGGCGGGGCAAGAGGAGGAAGAGCCUUUCCCAGUGCGGCGCAAUUACCGCCUGGUCCCCAAGAUAUCCUACCACCUUCCGAUACGUCAAUAACUUCACUGUUUCUUACUGGUGUGGAGGACGACUUGCCAGAAUACAAGAUCAGGGAUUUCUUCUCACCAUACGGGAAAUUAAGAUCAUUGGUCUGCUCGCACAUGUCCCAUUGCGCAUUCAUUAAUUACGCGACGAGAGAAGGAGCCGAAGCUGCAGCAGAGGCCGCACAAGGAAAAGUGGUGAUUGCAGGCUGCCCAUUGAGAGUGCAGUGGGGAAGACCCAGACCAAUUGGCACCAUGGAUAAAGAUGAGCGCAUGGCCACAGGCAGGGAAGGACGAUCCGCGUUCUCGAGUUCGGGUUCGGGUGCACAGAGGAGAACGAUUGAGGGCGGUGCUUCACAAGCUGCACCUCCACGAGAUGAUUUCGCGAGUAUGUCUGCUGUUGCCGCUCCACCCGGUUCAGGUGAUGUGCAGUAUGCUAGUUUGGCUGGUAAUUAA